AGGAUACCGCACUAUAGGUGUUAUAACCAAAUUAGAUAUAAUGGACGAAGGUACGGAUGCUAAGUACAUUCUAGAAAAUAAACUAUUGCCCUUAAGAAGAGGUUAUGUAGGUGUUAUAAACCGUUCACAAAGAGAUAUCGAUGGGCAAAAGGAUAUCAAAUUAGCGCUGGAAGCCGAGAGGAAAUAUUUCUUGGGGCAUCCGUCCUAUACGCACAUAGCUGAUAAAUUGGGUACUCCAUACCUACAAAAAGUGUUGAACGAGCAACUAACCAAUCACAUACGAAAUACUCUUCCUUCAUUACGAGAUAAUUUACAGAAACAGGUUAUUAUUCUGGAAAAGGAGCUUGGCGAUUUCAAGAACUUCUCUCCUGAUGAUCCCAGUAUGAAAUCAAAGGCAAUGCUACAGAUGAUCCAGCAGUUCGCUCUGAGUUUCGAAAAAGUCCUCGAAGGCUCCAGAUCGGAUGACGUCAACACUACUGAGCUGUCGGUGGUGCUAGAAUAAACUGUGUUUUUCACGAAAGAUUCCCGUUUGAAGUUGUGAAAAUGGAGUUCGACGAAAGCGAGCUGAGAAAGGAAAUAGCAAUUGCCAUUGCGAAUAUUCAUGGAAUUAGGAUAGGGCUUUUUACACCCGAUUUAGCAUUUGAUGCCAUAGUAAAAAAGCAGAUCUCUAGAUUGAAAGAUCCUUGCUUGAAGUGUGUAGAUCUAGUCUCAACGGAAUUGUUGAAUGUUGUGCACAACUGCUCGGCACAGAUGUCGAGGUUUCCGAGAUUAAGAGAAAUCGUUGAGAGAGUAAUAACGAAUCACGUGAGAAAAAGAGAACAAGAAUGUAGGGAUCAAUUGGCAGUGUACAUUAAUUGCCAACUUUCUUAUAUGAAUACAAAUCAUGAAGACUUUAUAGGAUUUGCCAAUGCUGAAUCACAAGCCAGAAAGACAAUACCGACCCACAACAAUCAUUUAGGCAACCAAGUAAUUCGAAAGGGGUACAUGACGCUGCACAAUCUCAGUAUAAUAAAGGGUAGGAGCUUCUGGUACGUGUUGUCCUCGGAUAGCUUAGCUUGGUACCGAGACGAGACUGAAAAGGAGAUCCAGUACAUCCUACCCCUCAAUAAAUUGAAGUUGAGGGAUGUCGAGACUGGGUUUAUAAAUAGGAAACCGACUUUUGCGUUGUUCUAUCCCCAUGGUUCUAAUGUUUAUAAGGAUUAUAAACAGCUGGAACUGAGCUGUAACUCUGUAGACGACAUGGAUUCUUGGAAGGCUUCUUUUUUGAGAGCAGGUGUCUAUCCUCAAAAACUUCUGAAUAACAACGAAGAAUCUGAUGAUGACAGUAUCGUUAUUGAGGAAGACGUAGACCCUCAGCUUAAACGACAAGUUGAGGUGAUAAGGAAUCUAGUAGAGAGCUACAUGUCGAUUGUAACCAAGGCCACCAAAGACUUAGUACCAAAGAUUAUUACCCAUAUGAUCAUUAAGAAUACUAAAAAAUAUGUUUUUGAAGAACUUCUAGUCAGUGUGUAUGCCCAAGAUGACCAAGUUGAAUUGUUAGAAGAAUCUCCAGACGAAGUAAGGAAGCGAGAAGAGAAAAUGGCGAUGUUUCAAGCUUGCAAAAUGGCUUUGGAUAUCAUAGGAGACUGUUCAAUGAAAUUUUCGGGUAGCGCGACCAGUACAGAAGAAGAAGCGGUUCUUUACAAACCAACAGUGCCUACCAGACCUACCGCUGCCACCAAAAAAAGUUACAGACUGUCUACACCCCCACCAGUGUUCUCCAGGCCCGCCCCACCGCCUCCUCCAGGAAAAAUGAGAAAAUUUAAGAGAAUCGUAAGCAGUAUUAUGUUUUUGAAUUCCAAUAAAAACGAUUGCUAAAAUAUUUCCUAAUGAGAUGUUACCAUAGUUUUGUAUCAUAUUUAAAAUGUAGAAGUCAAUAUUUUUAUAAUAUUUAUGUAAUAUUUUUUGUAUAUUUAUCGAUAUUAUUAAUAAAUUUGUAUACUUUG